AUGGAAGGAAGCAAUCUUCAAAAGAUGCAAGAUGAAAUGUCAUCUACCAAAUACCUCAUCAUUGAUGAGAUGUCAAUUGUUGGGAGGAAGACCUUUGGUAUGAUUGACCGUAGACUGAGGCAACCAUUUCCUGGAAAGUCACAAGUUGUAUUUGGCGGGUGCUCUAUUUCAUUUUUUGGAGUAUUUGGACAGUUGCCACCAGUAAUGGACCUUCCAAUUUAUAAUACUGUUGCACGAUCCGCUCUAUCAGACCAGGGGUAUAGAGCAUACAGUCAGUUUGAGACAGCAUUUACUCUGACCCAAGUAAUGAGGCAAUCUGGACAAGAUCCUGAUCAGAUCAGAUUUUGGGACAUUCUAAUGCGUCUCAGGAACGGAGAUACAACAAUGGAAGACUGGAACCACCUUAUGGAGCAAACACCAACAAGAAUACAAGACCAGUCUCCAUAUGUAAAUGCUCUUAGACUGUUCCCUACUGUUGAAGCUGUUGUUGAUCACAAUUUUGCUAUGUUACGUGUGGUCAUCCUAUCGCUACCAUCAAGGCAGUACACACUGCAGCCAAAGCUCCACCUGAUGAUGCUGGUGGCUUGGAACCAGUUGUGA